UGCGCAAAAGAUGGCGGACGAGGUCUUCGUUGACAACGCUUAUUUUCCUGCAGUUUUCAUGUUCUUCUUGAACCAUUUAUGGCUUUGAUCCGGCACUGUUACACUUCCUGAAUCAUAUUAUACAGUCUUAUUAGUCUUAUUAUACAGCACUAUUUAAUUUAACCCUUGGAGAGUUUUGAAUCUUUAAAAAUGGACGACGACGUGGAAGUCGAAGAUUUUGAGAUCACAGACUAUGACCUUAUGCAAGGCUUCGGCUUGGGGUUCAGAAAAAAAAGAAUGACCAAGGAAGAAGCAAUUUAUGGCAUGUGGGCAGAGAAAGACUCGGAUGAUGAUGAAAGAUCGAGUGGGUUUUCGGGGAAAAGAAAGAAAGACUAUUCCAAACCGCUGAAUUUCGUCAGUGGAGGCAUUGUUCAGAAGGGAAAGGAUAAAAACGCUGAAGAUGAUGAUGUUGCUAGUGUUGGAAGCAGUGCCAGUGAGAAGGGACCUGGAUCAGGCAGAAACUCUCCCUUGGUCAAAGAUAAAAAGUUGUUCAAGAGCACUGGAGUAAAAAAAGAGGUUGGCUCACUUGGUAAGUCUAGUAACAUCAUUUCUCAGGUCAGGAAUGUUUAUAAAGAAUGAGAUUUUAUAUUCAUAAAAAAUUACAAUGUGCAGUUUCAGAGAAUAUC